AUGAAGAGCACAGAUACAGUUGAGAAGGCCAGGGUAGAAGUUCUCCAGAAAGAACAGGCAGCAGCAUCCCGAACCGGAACACAGGCUAACCAAGACAGAAAGGCUCACAUCUCUGUACUGAUUACAGAGUUUGAAAGAAUGAAAGUCAUGAUUGACUUAUACAGAGGGGUUCUUCCUACAUUCCAGAAAUUCGUCAAAAAACGUCAACAUGAAAAGCCGAUGGUGCAUUUGUUGCAUCUCGAGAUGGUGGCCCUCACGAGACACCUCAGCAAAUUUAUGAGACCAAAGGCGAUUCUCCUCACGCUGCAUAACAUCAUCAAGCUGGAUAUACGCACCAGGGAUUCACAGCUGCCCAAACAGAAGCUCUCAGUUGGACAGUUCUCCUUCAAUGCCAUGAACAAAGCCUGGGUGCAAAGGAAGGUAUGGGUGGAGAAAUUGAGGGAUGCCAGUGCAGGUGUCAGGUACCCAACCCUGUCUAAGCUUGUCAGGGCUCUUCUGUCAAUUUUUACAGGACACUUGUUGAAAGGGUCCUUCAAUUUAAUGAAUGACAUUCGGGAGUCUGACAGGUGCUCAAUGAAUGUGGAGACGUAUGAGGGCCUGGCAGUGAUCAAGUCAACACUGAAGGCAAGGGAAUGGACUCCUUCCACCAUGAGCAUCGACCAGUCGUUGAGGCGACCUUGCCUAUCUUCCUUUCAGAGCUAUCAGCAACAUUUGAAGAAGAAAAAAGAUGCUUCACAUGCCCUACAGCAGCAAAGGCUGAGUGUGGCAGCAAGGGUGCUGUCCUCAAAGGAGGCCCUGAAAAGGAAAAGAGCUCAACCAGCUCACAUCGCACAAGCCACCACCCAAGCAUCUUCUCCUCAAAACACCCCCUCUAUUCAAGCCAUCACCUCUCAAGCCACCACCUCUAACCCCACACAAGCCACGCCACCUGCCAUCACCCUCUCAGGUUAA